CAAGAGACGACGAAGAGACGGACAGAAAUGCAGCCGUCCACAGCUGUGACUUGGAGUCUUUGCACUCUGUUGAUUGGCUCUGCAUUGAUCCAGUGUUCAGUGUUCGUGGACGAGCCAACUGCCGGUCAAUACCUGCGCUCUCCCACCAGGAGGCGCCGAGCUAACUCCCACUUCCUGGAGGAGAUCUUGCCUGGAAACCUGGAGAGGGAGUGUUACGAGGAGAGCUGCUCGCAGGAGGAGGCUGCCGAGAUCUUCCAGACCAAGGAGAAGACGCUGGAGUUCUGGUUCAGAUACAGAAAUCUGAACCCCUGUCGGACCAACCCCUGUCUGAACGGAGGCAUCUGCACUCUGGACCGAGGAGAGUUCAUGUGUCUCUGCCCUCCACAGUACCACGGCAAGAUCUGCGAGUCAGAGGUGUUGGAAUGUCGCUAUAGAAACGGCGGCUGUUUGCAGUACUGCAGAGACCUGCCAGGUGGAGCUGGAGUCCAGUGUGGCUGCGCUGAUGGAUUCAGACUAGACUCUGACGGACAGAGGUGCUCUGAGGAUGUGGCGUUCCCCUGCGGUCGUCAGCAGAUGGAGGCGUUGGCCCAUGAUCGCUCUCUGUUUAGUCGCUCUGAGUUGGACAACGCCACUGUGGAGAUGGACGUCAUGUUGGAUGUCAACAUCACAGACAACCUGGGCCCUGAACUCAACACGACAGUGAAUGCAACAUCUGUACAGAAACAAGAGAACCAGACAGAACCGAUGAGGGAGGAAGACACUCGUAUCGUCGGUGGACUCCUGGAGAAGCGAGGAGGAAGCCCCUGGCAGGUCCUGAUCCACAGGGAUGAUGGUUACGGUUUCUGUGGAGGGACUCUGGUCGCUGACCGAUGGGUUGUUUCUGCGGCUCACUGCUUCACAGAGCGGCCCGACUACGUUACUAUAGGAGACUUUGACAAGAAGCGCCCUGAUCCAGGAGAGCAGGUGAUAAAGAUCCAGGAGGUCAUCGUUCACCCUUACUUCCACUCCUUCACCUUUGACAGCGACAUCGCUCUGCUCUACCUCGCCCAGCCUGUGGUCAGGAGUCCCACCGCCACACCCGCCUGCCUCCCCGACGUCCACCUGUCCAAAUACCUGCUGAGGGACGGCAACCGGGGGAUGGUGACCGGCUGGGGGGCCACUCAGUACCUGAGUCGAUCCUCCAGGUUCCUGAGGAAGGUGACGCUGCCGGUGGUCACGUACAAGGAGUGCACCGCCUCCACUGAGCAGGUCAUCACAGACAACAUGUUCUGUGCAGGUUACUUGGAUGUUGACAUGGACGCCUGCAGCGGCGACAGUGGAGGACCAUUUGUUGUUCACUACAGAGGAACAUGGUUUCUGACGGGAGUUGUCAGCUGGGGAGAAAAAUGUGCCGCCAGGGGGAAGUAUGGCGUUUAUACCCGCCUGGGGAACUACCUGAUCUGGAUCAGAGACACCAUGGAGAGGCAGGACCUGAACGGUACCAGGAGCUGAUGAAGAUGAGGGCGUUAAACCGUCUUCAGAAAGCAGACUGUAUCCUGUUUCAGGCUCCAUUCAGAGGACUGGACCAGGAUUGUUGCAUUACAUAAAGAGUGAGCAGCAUGAUACUGAAAAAGCUGCAUGAACCAAACCUGAGUCAAGUCUGAUCUCAGCAGCAGCAAUAACAAGAAUCUGAAAGUAGAAUACAGAAAGCAAUCAUGGAAAAGCAACAAAGCACAAUUUAGCUGCAUUGUUUUUGUACGUUUGGAUGUUUCAUGUGGCCCACAAUAAUAAAUCUUGACAUUUUUUUAGGAUACUAUACGAAUAUCCCUCUGGAACAUAGUUUCCUAUGAUGGUUUUUGCGAGAUGCUCAAUUGUUAUUGCUUUUAGGACUUAGUAUUGUGUGACUCUUUGCAACAUAUUGUACAAAUGACAUUUUACAACAUACAAAACUUUAGGUACGUAUCCUUGAUCAAAUGAACUUGAGUGCUACUUAAGUUUAAAUCAUGCUUAUAAUCUUAAUGUGGCUCAACGUACCUGCUCGUGUUUUUUUUUAAUCAUAUGUGGAAACUUGUUCACUUCUGGCUUUGCAAAUAUUUAACUUUUGAUUUCCCUUUAAACAUUCCACAGCAUCUUAUACUCUUAAUGUACAGAUGUCAGACAUAUUCUCAGAAAAUGCGACAUCAGUCCUUUAAUAAAACCUUUAAUAAAAACGUUUUUUUCGA